GAAGGACGCAGAGCUGUGACUCGGAACCGGGCUGAGAAAUCAUAUCCAGUCGAUACCGGUACUGGGUGGAGAUGCAACAUCCCGGAUGUGGGCAAACUACGUCCUGUAGUUCUACGUCGGGUAUUAGAAGCCGUAAUACAUACAGCUACACGCGUAGCCUACGUAUUUAAAUAUGAUGUAGCCGAUACGCACUGGCUGGACGGUUGGAAGAGAGGUCGCAGACGGACUGUGCGCAAUGCUGAGUGGACAGCAGUAUUUCUCGUUGUACAUCCAAGCCUAGAGAGGCUAUUGACGAAUAGAUUCUCACUUCGUCUGCAGUGCAGCUCGUCAUUAUAACCAGAUGCUCUCCGCCGGACCAGACCCGUUCAAUUUCAUGCCGUCCAACCCGACCGGAGCCUGAGCCGAAGGAUGCAGGUUAAAAACCAGAUCUGCACAGAGCGGAACAGCACCGAUGAUCCGGAGCAGGAUGACAGCCAGAAAAAGACCUCGUGUUUUUCGAACAUUAAGAUUUUCCUGGUGUCGGAAUGUGCGCUCAUGUUGGCACAGGGCACCGUGGGCGCUUAUCUGGUAAGUGUUUUGACCACUCUGGAGAGGCGCUUCAACCUCCAGAGUGCCGACGUUGGUGUCAUAGCCAGCAGCUUCGAAAUCGGUAACCUGGCCUUGAUAUUGUUUGUCAGCUACUUUGGUGCUAAGGCCCACAGACCCCGCCUGAUUGGCUGUGGUGGGAUUGUCAUGGCCUUAGGAGCACUGCUGUCAGCACUACCGGAGUUCUUGACUCAUCAGUAUGAGUACGAGGCCGGUGAGUCGUGGCACGCUGAAGACGGAAGGGAUGUCUGCUCCAACAACUCCAGGACAGAGAACCGAGACUCUGGGUUAAGAUGUGGCAACAGAGCCAACACCAACAUGAUGUACCUCCUUCUGAUUGGAGCCCAGGUUCUGCUGGGUAUCGGAGCCACACCUGUCCAGCCUCUAGGAGUGUCCUACAUCGAUGACCAUGUCCACAGGAAGGACUCCUCACUCUAUAUAGGUAUUUUAUUUUCGACAUUAGUGUUUGGCCCUGCCUGCGGCUUCAUCUUAGGUUCUGUCUGUACCAAAGUCUACGUUGAUGCUGUCUUCAUCGACACCAGUAAGCUGGACAUCACUCCAGAUGACCCUCGCUGGAUCGGGGCUUGGUGGGGCGGCUUUCUUCUCUGUGGUGCCUUACUCUUCCUGUCGGCCCUCUUCAUGUUCGGCUUCCCCCAGGCGCUGGACGAGCAGGACAUGGAUGUUGGAGGGGAGAGUGAGCAGGCCAUGCUGCCUUCUUCCCUGACCCUGGAGUACCAGGGCUCUAAACCCAACGUGGCCAUUCAUGGCUUUGAUAUAAACAGUGGACUCUCAGUUUGUGAGCAUCUCAGAGUAAUCCCCCGGGUUACUAGGCACCUUCUCUCUAAUCCGGUCUUCAGCUGCAUUACGCUGGCAGCCUGUAUGGAGAUUGCUGUGGUUGCUGGCUUUGCUGCGUUUCUGGGGAAAUACUUGGAGCAGCAGUUCAACCUUACAACCUCCUCAGCUAAUCAGCUAUUAGGUAUGACGGCCAUCCCCUGUGCCUGUCUGGGUAUCUUCCUCGGGGGGCUGCUGGUGAAGAAGCUGAAUCUGUCAGCUCUGGGCGCUGUCCGUAUGGCCAUGCUGGUCAACCUCGUGUCCACUGCGUGCUACGUGUCUUUUCUGUUCUUGGGCUGUGACACUGGCCCUGUAGCCGGGGUCACGGUCGCCUACAGCAAUGAGACAUUGCUGUCCUGGCAGCGACCUGAAUCAUCAUGCAUCAGUAACUGUAACUGCUACACCUCGUCAGUGAGCCCUGUCUGUGGUUCCAAUGGAGUUACCUACCUCUCAGCCUGCUUCGCUGGCUGCACCAAACCUAACCUGACCAACUGCAUGUGCAUAUCCAGCACCAGUGAAGAUGCAGUGGCUUUACCAGGGAAGUGUCCCAGUCCAGGCUGUCAGCAGGCCUUCCUCACCUUCCUGUGUGUCAUCUGUGUGUGCAGCAUGAUCGGAGCCAUGGCCCAGACACCCUCUGUCAUCAUCCUCAUCCGAACUGUAAGUCCAGAGCUUAAAUCUUAUGCCCUUGGAGUGCUGUUCCUGCUCCUGAGGCUGAUAGGCUUUAUUCCUCCUCCUCUGAUCUUCGGCAUGGGCAUCGACUCCACCUGUCUUUUCUGGAGCACUGUGUGUGGCGAGAAGGGAGCCUGCAUGCUGUACGACAACGUGGCCUACAGGCACCUGUACGUCAGCAUUGCCAUCGUGCUCAAGUCGUCAGCCUUCCUCCUGUACACCACCACGUGGCAGUGUUUGAGAAAGAACUACAGGAAAUACAUCAAGAACAGCGAGGGUUACCUCACACCCACCGAACUCUUUGCCUCCAAUGUGACUCUGGACAAUUUGGGCAAGGAGAUCACUCAGAACCCAGCCAACAGGACAAAGUUCAUAUACAACCUGGAGGACCACGAGAUGUGUGACAACAUGGAGUCUGUUUUAUAGUGGUGGUCUGCACUGAGCCUGCAGACUAGAGCUGAGGCUGUUAUUGUGCUACUGAUCUGAUAUGCCUGAUACUGUGUCAGGCCAGAAGAAUGUUUUCAGUAAAGGUCUUAUCUUCUUAUCACCCCAAAAAAAUAGACAUGAUGAAAAAAAUCCCACACCAUACAUCUUUUUGUUUUUUUAAAAAAUAAUUGAUCAAAAUCAGAAAUCAGCAAACAUCCGAAAAGAAACGAGGAGUGAUAUGGAAUGAAUGUCUGCAGCCAUAUAUGAAGUCGGGGCAAUGCAUGUAAUGCACCACACCACUAAUCCACCGGGACACCCCUGCAAUGAUCUUCUUUAGUCCAGCUUCAUUAAUAGUUCAGUUUUGCAGUUCUUUUAGGGUUAGAUUAAUUAUGAGUGCGGAACUCAUUGAGAAGCAGAAGUCUGAAAUUUUGGUUAUCCAUUAGCUUUGUUGUUGUAUAAUUUAUUUUCCUUUAGAAGGAAGUACUUCUCAGGUCCAGAUGUCUUAUAGAAACAAUGAGAGUUAACAUGGCUGUUCAUCAUUAGAUGAUUCAUAUUUAAGCUCAUGGUUGGAGCUCUUUUCUAGACAUCCAGAACAUGCAGUUGUAAAUGUUACCGCUCUACAGAUUUGUUAACUUAUGUGUUCCCUCAAUCAGUUUUAUUUAAAACAUUUUAAUUUAACUGAAUGAGUCAGAGAAAACAGAUGCAUUGACUACAGAGUUCCUGCAAUUAAGAAUACAGGCCCAGGAACAUGAAUAAUUUAAUAAUAAUUUCAGUCGAUGAAAAUAAUAAUAAAUGCUGUAGAGUUUACAACUCUUUCCUGGCCUCUUUCCUAGAGGUCAGAGGACAGGAUGGAGUUUAAUUAUUUCCAAAUUAUUAUACAACAGCUUCAGUUUUCUUUAAAAUUUAAUUGUAGUAACCCAAAGCCAGUAACAGGAGAGGAAAAUUAAUAGAAGAAGUUUUGAAAAUAAGUCAUAUUGGUGAGUUUGUUCUUCAGUAUCUUCUAAAAAUGAACAACAUUCAUAAGACAUGGAUUUUAUUACUUAUUUUGUUCUACUAGUCAUUUUUGCAAGAGCAGAGGUCACAAAGGGUUGACAUCCCAUGUUGGAACCAAACCCUUUCUCAGUAGCUUUCAGUGUCAUUGGCCCAUUCCUGUUCUAGAGGGCAUUUAAGAACAUUUGUUGUAAGUGAAGGAGUGUUGAGCUUGUAUGUAAUAAUUAUCCCUUUACGGUGUCAUAGUGUGGAGCUUUGUUAUGAAUGCUGGAUGAGACUCUAAGGCUGAAAGAAAUGUUUUUUUUUGUUGUUG